AUGAACAUUACAAAGGAGAUCCAGCGCAUUAAUGAGCGAGAGGCGGCACUGGGUUUGAAGGCCUCGUGGCACGACGAGUACGCCAACUCGCCCUACAUAUUCGUGGGCAAUCUCGACCAUGGGCUCACUGAAGGCGACAUCGUUGCCGUUUUCGAGCAAUAUGGGCGAGUGCGCGACCUGAAUCGUGCGCGGGACAAGAAGACGGGGGACCCGAAGGGCUUCGCCUUUCUCGGCUAUCAGGACCCGCGCAGCUGCAUACUCGCCGUCGACAACCUCAACGGCAUUCAGUUGGUAGGGCGCACGCUGCGGGUGGACCACGUCAAGAACUACAAGCCGCCGAAGGACGAAGAGGAGGAAAAGAAGAAGAAACGGAAGGCCGAGGGCGAAGAGGUGAGCGACAACGAGAGCGACGACAGCGAUGGUGACGGCGAUGAAGAGGACGAGGUCAAGCGUCAACGGAGGAAGGAGAAGCGAGAGAAGAAGCGCAGGAAGAAGGAGGAGAAGAAGCUCAAGAAGGCGGCCAAGCGAGCGGCCAAGAUGAAGGCCCUGGCAGCCGCUGCUGGCCAGGCCUCGGGAGAGGAGCUGGUGGGCAGCAUCGCCGAAGCACACGGAGAGAGCAAGCCACCGGCGGCCACCGGUGCCUUGCCGGAGGAGAAGACCAUCACCACGCCGGCCGAGCCGGCUGCAGCGAAGCUGGUCGAUGAGGCGCGGCGUACCAGAGCGGGCAGCGGCGCCAGGGAAGACACUACUAGUGAGAGAGGCCGCAGGAGUCGAAGCCGGAGCCGCAGCCGCAGCCGCGACCGGGGCAGAGAACGCGACGGGAGGGAUCGCCGAGACGGAGGCGAGAGAAGGAGGGAUCGGAGCAGGAGCCGAACGCGGAGCCGGAGCCGAAGCAGGGAGAGGGACCGCCGAGAGCGUGACCGAAGACGUGAUCGCAGCAGGAGCCGAAGCAGGAGCCGGGAUGCGAGGAGGAGCGACCGGUACUACCGGAGGGAGGAGCGCAGCGCAAGCAGAGAGCGGGACAGACGCAGUGACGAUCGAGACAGGCGGGAGCGCUAUCGCUACUAA